AUGGAGAGAUACCUGGGGGACUUAUGGUUUUUUGUUGCGUUGACAUUGUGUCGGGUGACGAUCAGCUGCAAUGUUGUGUGCUUAAGGGAGGAAAGAGAUGCCCUCGUUGCUUUCAAGAAUGAGAUAUAUUCUUCACUUAGAUUUCGUUCAUGGAAUGGGCUUAAUUGUUGUGCGUGGCGUGGGGUUGAAUGCAGCCGAGAGAUAUCCCAUGUCAUCAAAAUUCAUCUUUCUCAAGUUUCAGUAAAUUCGAUAAAUCUCGAUAAAGAUUCUCUGACAAUUGGCACUGCAAAUUCGAUAAUUCUCGAUAAAGAUUAUCCGACAACUGGCAUACUUUCUCCAGCACUGUUCAAAUUGAAGUAUCUGGAGCAUUUGGAUUUGAGCGCCAAUUUCUUGAGUGGCGUUAUACCCACAGAGCUUUCUAGUCUACACCAACUGAAGCAUCUCGAUCUCAGCUUCAAUUAUUUUGAAGGCCAGAUUUCGAAGCAUAUAUCCUCCCUUCACAACUUGACUUAUCUCGACUUGUCAUGUGCUGGUGCUGAUCUGAAUGGUAGUAUUCUGUGGCGUCUGGGAAAUCUUUCCCAACUGCAAGUUAUAGAUCUUGCCACAAAGAUUUACCUCGAGGACGAGAUUUCAUAUAACUGGUAUGAUUGUGGACCUGUCUAUUGUCCCAGUUUGAAGUGGACAGAGAAUGUGCGAGGGUUAAAGCAUUUGUCACUUCAAGGGGUCGAACUGAACAUGACGGGGAAACAAUUAGAAGCGCCACUUUCUAGGCUCCAUAGCCUUCACCACCUCAACCUCAAAGACUGUGCUCUGUCGGGGCAAAUCCCCCAUGCUUUACGAAAACUCACCUCGCUCUCCCAUCUCCAUCUUGGCUGGAACGAGUUUACUUCCAGUUUGCCCGCAUGGCUGGGAAAUUUGACUGGUUUAGUCUCCAUUCAGUUUGAUCGCUGUGACCUGACGGGGCCAUUACCUGCAAGUCUUUCCCGUUUGCCUCAUCUGAAAGAGCUUAAGUUGGUCGACAACAAAAUAACUGGAAAUAUAGGACAAAUAUUGUUAUGUGAAUCGUGGCCCCAGCUUACCCGGUUUGUUUUGUGGGGUUCCAAUGUUACAGGAAGUUUGCCACCUUGA